AUGCCCAUAUGCGGCGGAACUUUCAAGCUAGAGGAAGCGACCAUCGAUCAGAUGCAGAAGGCCAUGCAAGAUGGGAUCACGACUUCCCAAAAGCUAGUGAUCUGCUACAUGCAGCGGACCUUCCAGACACAGGAAUACGUUAACUCACUUAUGCAGAUGAACCCCGACGUUUUAGCCAUCGCGGCCAAGAUGGACGAGCUGAGAAAAGCAGGCCAAGUUCUGGGCCCGUUACAUGGCAUACCAUUUACCGUCAAGGACAACAUCGCUAAUAAAGACAAUAUGGAGACCACGGCCGGCAGUUGGGCUCUCCUAGGUAGUAUCGUACCCCGCGAUGCUUUCGUCGUUGCUCGUCUCAGGGCAGCCGGAGCAGUUCUUUUCGGCAAGGCAACAAUGAGCGAGUGGGCGGACAUGCGGAGCACAGGGUAUUCCGAGGGUUACUCGCCGAGAGGUGGACAGACACGAAGUCCUUACAAUCUUGCAUUGAAUCCUUAUGGCAGCAGUUCCGGCAGCGCGGUCGGCGUAGCCGCCAAUGCAAUUGCUUUCUCUCUAGGAACUGAGACUGACGGGAGCGUCAUCAGUCCCGCUUGUAGGAACGCUGUCGUGGGCUUCAAGCCAACGGUCAGUCUGACCUCUAGGGAUGGAGUGAUACCAGAAUGCGAGCAUCAGGAUACUGUCGGAACUUUCGGCCGAACAGUCCGGGAUGCCGUAUACGCACUUGAUGCUAUCUACGGUGAAGAUUCGAGAGACAAUUACACCGAGGCUCAGCGCGGGAAGACGCCGUCUUCUGGAGGUUAUGCACAAUUUCUCACCAACAAAGCGAGUCUGAAGAAUGCAACUUUUGGCAUUCCCUGGAACAGCUUUUGGGUUCAUGCAAGCGCAGAAAACAAGGCGCAACUUGGUCAACUCAUCGAGCUAAUCAAGACCGCCGGGGCUCGUGUCAUAAAUUCUACCGAAAUAGGAGACUUUGACAAUAUCGUCAGAAAGACUGGCUGGGACUGGGACUGGCGCGCAAAGGAUCUUAAAAGACCACACGAAUCGGAAUACACGGUUGUUAAAGUCGGCUUCUACAACAACAUCAAGAAAUAUCUCUCUGAGCUUCAGCAUACGAACAUACGCUCGCUCGAAGACAUCAUUCGUUUCAAUUACGAAAACGACGGGACUGAAGGCGGGUAUCCUUACGGAGAGAACUACACCGAGGGCAAUAGAACCUUAUACCGCGGCCAUCCAGGUUUCCGCACCGGACAGAACGGUUUCCUGAUGUCCAAUGACACUCAGGGCAUCCAGAAUGACACCUAUUGGAAGGCUCUGGAGUUUAUGCAAAGGACAACGCGUGGUGGUAUUGACGCGGCUCUGAAUCCCAGAGGUGUCAAACUAUCGGGCUUACUUGUGCCCUCAUCCGUGGGCAAAACCUUUCAAAUUGCAGCUCAAGCUGGAUACCCCAUGGCUACAAUACCUGCAGGCGUGGAUCCUGUUUCUGGUAUGCCGUUCGGACUCGGUAUCAUGCAGACGGCAUUCGGCGAGGAGGAACUUGUCCGCUGGGCCAGCGCCAUCGAAGACUUGCAGUUGACUUCUGACACACAGCUGAAGAGAACACGACCGAAGUGGUACAGAUACUUGGAGAGGCCACUGCCAAUCAGACGAGACACAUGA